GACUAGAUCCUGAAGUUUCACCUAUUGGUUAAAACAUAUCAUGUGCCCAUGCGGGAAUUCGUUUAAAAUUAUUUAAAAAUUUGGUCGCCAUGUUGUAGUAGCGGUGGACAAUAUCAAGAAAUCUGUCAUCGCAAUAAGAAUAGCUAUGGCUGAUGUGUCCCAAGUAUCGCACCUCGAUGAAGAAUAUAGAUCCGCGAAGAUUAUCCACAAACGAAGGUCAUCGAUAUUCUGUAGACAAAAUAUAACGUUUAACCAACAAGAAAAUGAUAAUAAAAUCACAACUAAUAAGACUGAACUUGCAUCAAACGAAUACGAAGAAGAUACACAAACAGGUGUUGAAUCGUUUGAUCUGGAGAAAUAUAUAGAAAAACUCAAACAGGAGCGAAAAGAUUGGCAGCAAGAAUACAAAAAGCGCAAGUCUCAACGAAAGAACUUGACCAAGCAAAAAGCAAUAGCAGAGAGCCAGGGACAACUUCUUGAUCUAAAUAUAUUAACAAAGUCUGAAAGAGCUUUUAUCAGAGCACGUCCCAAUUAUGAGUAUAUUUGCAAAAAUAGUCAAAAGCUGUCAGAUGUGGCAUUGAAAAUAUCUACACUCAGUCAGGUAGUGAAUAAGUUAAAUCAAAGAUUCAUGGAGAAGAUGGAAAAUAAUAUCUCCAGAGCCAGCAGAGAUAUUAUAGAAAUGUUGGAAGAUUAAGAUAGAUAUAUUUGAAGUAUUAUUAUUAUUAUUAAAGUUGUUGCAAUUUCAUUAGUAAUUAGAGGUUUUUGUAGUAUAAAUAUAAAUAACAUUUAAAUUAAUUAAAUAUGAUACUACAUACUAAGA